AUGCUUCUCAUUCUCGGGGUCCUUCUGCUCCAGAGCUUUGACGAAUGUGCUGAAGCAUGCUACAACGAUUUGGACUGUAUCUAUGUGGCCUACGGCAAUGGUUCUCAGACACCUACGGAUACGUCAUGCAAUAUUUACAUGAGGGGUGGGGUAGUAUUUCCUGCACAUCCGAAAGUGUACGGAAUGAAGCGAACAGAACAGAACACGUCAAGGGCAAUGUGCAGUAGUGCUGUACGAUGCGCUGCAAAACAAACCUAUACGAAGGUCAACGCUACCGACAAGCUUACAAUCGAAGAACAGCAGUGCCCGUACAAUGCAUCAAUAGUCACCAUUAACGUCUACAAGGAUCCCACGUAUGGAUUCCAUGCAUACGCUGAUACGUCAUGCAAUAUUUACAUGAGGGGUGGGGUAGUAUUUCCUGCACAUCCGAAAGUGUACGAAAUGAACAGAACGGACGAGGACACAUCAAGUGCAAUGUGCAGUAGUGUUGUACAAUGCGCUGCAAAACAAAACUAUACGAAGGUCAACGCUACCGACAAGCUUACAAUCGAAGAACAGCAGUGCCCGUACAAUGCAUCAAUAGUCACCAUUAACGUCUACAAGGACCCACGUAUGGAUUUCAUGCAUACGCUCAUGCAAUUUCUUGGGAUGGAACUCAAGGAGUGUAACUCAGUCCCAGUCUACACACGUAAGGGAGACUACAUGCGUUUCUUCUUUGGCAACGCUUAUCAGAAAACUGGCUACUCCAAAACUAAUAUGUCAGUGUUGCCUCAGCCAUGCAUAUAUAACGGAACUCUACAAUGCUACAGCUCUGUGAAGAUCCGCGAAUAUAAGAGAAGCCAGUAUGACGACUUCGUCUAUUGGAGCUCCGUUCCUCCAGGCUAUCCUUAUGAUCCCUACAUAGAAACAGAGGUCACGCAGGAUUUCUGGAUUGUCAGCGGCGGUUGUUAUUGA